UUGGGUUAAGCUGUAAUACGGUAGUGUGGGAAGUGUGUUGUCCUGCUGUCACUGUGCGCCGAAGCUGGGGGUCGGGGGGCAAGAGGACUGCGCCUGUGGGGCUCAAGGCCGGGGUCUAGUGCGCUGACCCGCUGCCCGCUGCCCACCCUGCCCUUACCUAUGGGAGAUCUGCGGCCUCUUGGCUAAUGGGACUGGGACGGAGGGGGCCCGGAAGCUCAAACUCCAGGGCAGGAGAGAGAACUGUAGGCUGUAUCCAUUGCCCCCCGAGCAAAGUCAGCCCCCCAACCCCCAAACAAACUUUCCAAGGCCCCCUCCUUGCCCGCAGCCCCCUCCCUCCCGGAGAGCGCCAGCGCUAGAGCUCACACAUGCGCAGUGCGGGCCCAGAGCCGGGCGGCGGAGCAGGAAGAGAGCGCAGCUAGGCGGGCGGCGGGGCCUGUUAAUUGGCAAUUAGGGGGGAGGCUGUUGGCUGGUGCGCGUCAGCGGAGGAGAGUGCGUCUGCCCACCCCCAGCUCCCGCCCCCACUCCAGCGGACGGAAAGAUGGGAGGUGCCCUGCACUGCGGGUGGAUGGGUGGGGGUGGGGGACGCGGGACUCAAAAGCCAUCUUGUGCUAGGAGAAAAGGGGCCAAUCUGCCUUCUCUCACCCGGCCCAGCGUCCCCCACCCCCAACCGCGGCCACCGUACCCGGGAUGCCCACUGGGCUGCUUCACCCGCCUCGCCGGGCUGCUCCGAGCUAGGAUCUGCCUUGUCUGGGGCGGAGGUGGGAAUUGGGGAGGCCCCAGGCUGGCUGGGGACAGGCCCAGACCUCGCUGGCGGGGCCUCUUGGGUGAGUGGAGGCAGUGAGGACUCAAGGCGCGGCUGGCUCAUGGGGUAGGGACGUCAGAAUCGGCGGCCCGGAGGGUCCUAGGCGCUCGGGAUCUUCCUAAUAAUUGGUGCUAAUGGCGUGUUAUGUAUGGUCUUAACCCGACACAUAUGGUUUCAUAACACAGUGGCUUAAUUUCUUCCAAAUGUACGUGGCCCUGAAUGUGUUGCAGUUUGAUAUAUGACCCCUCCCUGCUCCCUGGCCUGGGUCCGAGGCGGCCCCUAUAUGUGUGAGCUUCUGUUUAUAAAGGGCGAUGCACACACAAACGCUUACACACCCAGGCAGACACACCCCAGAGCUGGGGGAGGGGGAGCGCAUAUUCCUGGAGAGGUCUGAGAGUCUGGGGGCCAGACUCACCUUCAAUCCGAGCUAAGAGCUGCCCCCCACCUCCAAUCCUCUCUAGAGGCGCGACUGGGCUUCUCCGCCAAGCCCGAGUGGGGGAGGGGAACGCUCCUCGAUUUCCUGUUUAAACCCUGACCCGUCGCCUGGGGGUCGGGGGGGUGGCGGGAGAACCUGUUUUUAUAAAAUUCUUAAAAACAUAAUUCGACUGCAUUCAAAUCAAACCCCUCGGGUCCGAGUUGAUGGUGAAUCUUCUCUCCCCUCCCCCCACAAUCCCCUUUCCUUCCUCUCCUGCCCCCCCAAAACUCCCGUUUCAUAUCCGACAUAAAGGCCUGUGAGGUAUUGUCCCGGGGGAAGAAAUGGCAUUUUCUCUCCCCCUUCCUCUCCCCCCCCCAAUAGGACUUGAGUGUCGGCAGAGGCGUCUGCCGAGGGGCUAAUUUCGCGUUCCUUGUUUACGAUCGAGAAAAGCGCUUGGCUCUCCCCAAAUGGGCCCAGCCCGCCGCCUGCUCAGGCUGCCGCGCGCUCUCCCGCCGCUCCAGCGCGGCCCAGGGCCUGACGCCCCGGAUAGCCGGGCGCGGCCACCGAGACCCCGAGUCUGUGGGACCUGAGAAGGGCCAGGGGAGUGCAGUGGGCCGGUGGAGCGGCCCGCGGAGGCCUGAAAAUGCGAGCCUUUCUCCUGGCGUAAUGUGGGAACCGCCGACCGCGGGGGCUCAAUCCCCAGACCUCCAGAAAUGACGUCAGAAUCAUUUGCAUCCCGCUGCCUCUACCUGCCCGGUCCAGCUGGGACCCUGCCUCGCCGGCCCCAUGGCCAGAGGGUCGGAGGGGCGCUGCCCGGUGACCUACACAGACUGAGACAGGAUCGCCAUGAAUGGAGACCUCUGGAAAAGCUCAGGAGCCGAGGCCCAGGGGGCCGACCGGAGGCCCACGGGAAGACUCUGGGAGCGGGCUGAACCACAGCCUCCCGACAGCCCCCCAAAGCCCAGGCUCUGGAAGGGAGCUGGGGGCUUCCCAUCUCCUUUUGCAGGGGAGGGCUGUCAGUCGGCGGGGUGCGCACUGGGGGCACCUCAGCCCCCGCCGGCUAGCCCCACAUCACCACCACCACCACCCCCAGCACCCCCAGCACCACCACCACACACAAAAAAAAUUGGAUACAUUUUGAAUAAAGCGAUUCGGUUCCUUAUCCGGGGACUGGGUUGCUCCGUGUGAUUGGCCGGCGGAGUCACAUGGUGAAAGUAACUUUACAGGGUCGCUAGCUAGUAGGAGGGCUUUAUGGAGCAGAAAAACGACAAAGCGAGAAAAAUUAUUUUCCACUCCAGAAAUUAAUGAUCAUGAGCUCGUAUUUGAUGGACUCUAACUACAUCGAUCCGAAAUUUCCUCCAUGCGAAGAAUAUUCGCAAAAUAGCUACAUCCCUGAGCACAGUCCGGAAUAUUACGGCCGGACCAGGGAAUCGGGAUUCCAGCAUCACCACCAGGAGCUGUACCCACCACCGCCUCCGCGCCCUAGCUACCCCGAGCGCCAGUAUAGCUGCACCAGUCUCCAGGGGCCGGGCAAUUCGCGAGGCCACGGGCCGGCGCAGGCGGGCCACCACCACCCCGAGAAACCCCAGCCGCUCUGCGAGCCGGCGCCUCUCUCAGGCGCCUCCGCCUCCCCGUCCCCAGCCCCGCCAGCCUGCAGCCAGCCAGCCCCUGACCAUCCCUCCAGCGCCGCCAGCAAGCAACCCAUAGUCUACCCAUGGAUGAAAAAAAUCCACGUUAGCACGGUGAACCCCAAUUAUAACGGAGGGGAACCCAAGCGCUCGAGGACAGCCUACACCCGGCAGCAAGUCCUGGAAUUAGAGAAAGAGUUUCAUUACAAUCGCUACCUGACCCGAAGGAGAAGGAUCGAGAUCGCCCACUCGCUGUGCCUCUCUGAGAGGCAGAUCAAAAUCUGGUUCCAAAACCGUCGCAUGAAAUGGAAGAAGGACCACCGACUCCCCAACACCAAAGUCAGGUCAGCGCCCCCGGCCGGCGCUGCGCCCAGCACCCUCUCGGCAGCCACCCCGGGCACUUCUGAAGACCACUCCCAGAGCGCCACGCCGCCGGAGCAGCAACGGGCAGAGGACAUUACCAGGUUAUAAAACAUAACUCACGCCCUGCCCCCACCCCUGCCCCCAUCCUCCCCUCACACACAAAUUGACUCUUAUUUAUAGAAUUUAAUAUAUAUAUAUAUUUUGGUUCUUUUCUCUCUUCCUCCCACCUUAUCCCUUGUCAAUUCCAAACUGACAAAACAGAUAAACAAGCCCUCUGCCCUUCUCUCCCUUCCACUGUUAAGGACCCUUUUAAGCAUGUGAUGUUGUCUUAGCAUGGUACCUGCUGGGGUUUGUUUUUGUUUUUUUUUUUUUAAGGCCAUUUUGGGGGGUUAUUUAUUUUUUAAGGAAAAAGCUGCAAAAAUUAUAUAUUGCAAGGUGCGAUGGUCUGGUUUGGGUGAAUUUCAGGGGAAAUGAGGAAAAGAAAAAAGGAAAAAGAGAUUUUAAAGCCAAUUCUCCUCCUUCUCCUCCUCCUCCUUCCCCCCUCUUUCCUUAGGCCUUUUGCAUUGAAAAUGCACCAGGGGGAGGUUAGUGAGGGGGAAGUCGUUUUAAGGAGGACAAAGCUAUGAAGUUCUUUUGUAUUAUUGUUGGGGGGGCUGGGAGGAGGGGGGACGACAGCAGACAAAGCUAAAGGCGUCUGAAGAGCCUCUCAGAGCUGCUCAGUUUGAGAAGCCAAAAGAAAAUAAAAAUGAACUUUCAGUUCAGAGAGGCAGUCUAUAGGUAGGACCCCCCACCCCCACCCCGCCAUCGUGGUCAUUGUGUUUUUGGACUGAAUUUACUUGAUUAUUGUAAAACUUGCAAUAAAGAAUUUUAGUGUCGAUGUGAAAUGCCCCGUGAUCAAUAAUAAACC